AGGGGAGAGGCAAGAAUAACUCAGCCUGUCCGCGCUGAAUAUGACGACUGCCCCAAAAGCGCACCCGACUCGAGCGUCAGACGCGAAUAAACGGGGAAGGGGGAGACGGGGGCACGAGAGAGAUGAUGAUUCUCGGGAUUUGACUUUCGGCGGCGACGGCAACAACGGGGUUCGAGAGGGCAAGACAAGAGCGCAAAAGAGGAUUACCUAUUCAGAGCAUGUAAUACUUAAUAGCGGGCCCCCUGUGGAUCUCACGAUGUUUGGAAUUUUGUGGGUUUUUGGCUUUGGGGCUUUUGGGUUCUUGGGGGGGCUUUUGGCGGAGUGGGAGGGGGUGGCGCCAUGCCUUUCCUGGCUUUGCCGAUCGCCUUGAGACCUGGAGGUUGGGAUCCGCCUGUAGUGGGCUCUUAGUGGAAGGUCUAA